CACAACCACUCCUACAAGACGGACGCCAAGGGCCCGUCCUCAUUCGCUUUCUCGUCCAGUCGUUCAACAUUCGAUAAUUUUCUCACUCGUUCAACCCUUCACUCGCUAAAUAUCUCACCCUAGUACACUUACACAGUGACUAUAAAACAAUGAACAGUGAGGAGAGAUAAGUAGUUGUGUAGAGACAGAGAGACAUUUAAAAUGAGAAAAAGUAAUGUACGAGUCACAUGAAUUUCCAACUCUUAAGACCCUACAAGGGAAUCCAGUUCUAAGAUGGUGAGUUGUGACAAAUCCGUUUUGAAACUGGAAUCGUCUGGGUUGGUGUCCUCAUCAAUGCCAUGUCUCUUAGGUGACGAUGCAGAGGGCAUGUGUGGAACUACUUUGGAACCUGAUCCUCGAUAUUCAGCCUGUUGCUCCAACAUUUUCCGUCCAGGCCGGGUGCUGCGUGAUAUCAUUGUGGGGUUCCUUGUUGUACUGGCUGUUGCUAUUGUCAUUGCAGUCCUGUUUGUUGUGUGCUUUUACCUUUUGCCAGGUAAUAAGGAAGGAGAGUCUUCUCUGGGUUUGGAAGAAGGAGCAUUUGUUGGUAGCCCAGUGAAAGAGAAGAAACAUCCCAAUAUCAUAAAUGAAGUUGAGUUUACAGAUGACACCAGAUAUAAUGUAUCCAGUGAUCCAGUGCUUGGAAAAGUCAAAGUAGGGGAUCAUGAAGAUCAUCACCAUACAGGUCCACUUCCCAAUCCUGAACCAGAGCCUGAACCAGAGCCUGAGUCCGAGUCCAAGGCUACGCCAGAUUCCAAACCUGAGCCUGAUCAUGUGCAUGAAGGUGUUGAGAUGCAACAUGGACACACACAUGGUGAAGGUGAUGUGGGCCAGGAACAUGCACACAAGAAAGGUGAUGCAGGCCAGGAACACAUGCACAAUGCAGGUGACGUAGGCCAGGAACACAUGCACAAUGCAGGUGAUGUGGGCCAUGAACACAUGCACAAGGAAGGUGAUUUGGGCCAUGAACACAUGCACAAGGAAGGUGAUGUGGGCCAUGAACACAUGCACAAGGAAGGUGAUGUGGGACAUGAACACAUGCACAAGGAAGGUGAUGUGGGCCAUGAACACAUGCACAAGGAAGGUGAUAUGGGCCAUGAACACAUGCACAAGGAAGGUGAUGUAGGCCAUGAACAUAUGCACAAGGAAGGUGAUGUGGACCAGGAACAUGCACACACAGAAGGUGAUGUGGGCCAUGAACACAUGCACAAUGCAGGUGAUGUGAGCCAUGAACAUGUGCACAAUGAAGGUGAUGUAGGCCAUGAACACGUGCACAAGGAAGGUGAUGCAGGCCAUGAACACAUGCACAAGGAAGGUGAUGUGGGCCAUGAACAUAUGCACAAUGCAGGUGAUGUGGGCCAUGAACACAUGCACAAGGAAGGUGAUGUGGACCAUGAACAUGUGCACUUGGAAGGUGACAUGGGCCAUGGACAUGUGCACAAGGAAGGUGAUCACCAACAUGAAAGGGGACAUUCAGAACAGAUAUUUGAGCUUGCACAAGUGCCAGGUGAAGAAGUUGAUCAUGAAGUGAUACUGGAAAAUAAAGGUUCCGAUGCAGUAUUUGCUCCUUCAGCACCACAUAAAAUUGAUGAUGCUUUGGUGAUCAUACCAGCACCAUCUCUAGACACUACACCAGCCUCACGCGCCGAAUCUGAAAGUAAUGCGACUCCAGUAUUUCAAACUACAGCAGAUGAGCUGCGUGAAGGAGGUGGUCUCCCUCCUCUCUUGGAUUCUCUAGCUCCUCGUCAUGAUGCCUCUGUCAGCUCUUCACAAGCGCUACCUGAAGAACAACCCACUGAAAACCCUGAGGAAAAUCCAACUGUUGAAACUCUAAAAGAACUGUCAUUCCCAGAAGGACCAACUGAGUAUGUAGAAUCGCCAACAUUACCUGAAGCCCAGCCUGAACUUCAUUUCCCAAUCACAACAGAAGAGGAAGCAGCACUAACAACGGAUAAACCUUCAGAAGAGUCAGCAGUGACUGAAGAAGCUUCUCACGAUACUUGCCGUCCUCGUCAACUGGAAAUGUGCAGUAAUUUACCAUACUCUCUCACUGCCUUCCCGAACUGGGCUAAUGAUCAAAAUGAGGUUGAGCUUCAUGAAUCGUCUCUUCCAUUCUUCAGGGAUGUGAUUGUAAGAUCACGUUGCUCACCAAGAGCACAAGAAUAUGCCUGUGCUAUACUGGAACCUCCCUGCAGUGCUGAUGGAACAAUUUUGCCUCCUUGCAGGACAUUCUGCAGAUCUGUGGCCUCAACGUGUCAAGAAUUCGUCAUCUCAGGGGUUGGCCUAAGUGAUGUAUUUAACUGUGAGAGGUUCCCUGACUCAACGGAUCCUGCUGUGUGUUUUGACAUGACAAAUGAGCCUUGUGUUGGGCGGGAGCACCGGUGUGGAGACGGGCGGUGUGUGGCCAAGAGACUUGUCUGUGAUGGACGCUCAGACUGCCUUGACCACUCUGAUGAGGCAGCAUGCCCUGGCCAGCUUCCAGCUCUGGGUGAUGUGGUGGGCGUUAGAAGAGACUCCAACAGCAUUCCACAACUUCACAGCCCAAAUCCCUCUGAAGAUUUCUCUUCGACCAGUGAUUAUGCUACAGAAGAACACAACAUCCCACAUGAAGAAUAUCCAGUUGCUGACUACCCUGACUAUCCAGCAGCUCGAAAGAUUCCAGCAAAUGCAGAGUAUCCUAUUACCAAUACUGGAUUUAAUCCAACAGUAGUAGACUUUUCUACAACAGAUGGCAACUCUGCAGUGUCACAAGAUUUCCCUAUUGCAAACAUAGAUUACUCAGUUGAUUAUCCUGAUGAAACUUUAUCCUCAUCAGGUGAAAGUACUGACCUUGCAGAACAGGAAGUAACAGCAGGUGAUGUACAGAUUGAACCUGUUGCUGGGGAAACUGUACAACCAAUUGAGGGUUUACCGGAAGCCAGUCAGAACAUUGCUCCUAGUGGUGAUGUAACUUUUGCUACUACUACUACAGAAAUAAUUUGUGAUCAUGAUAAAUUCCUGUGUCAUGAUAGUUCAGACUGCAUUGUCCUGACAACUGUGUGUGAUGGUAUACCACAGUGUCAUGAUGGUUCUGAUGAGUCAAACUGCACACACAUUGGCUGCAACUAUGGUGACUUCCGGUGUGCCACAACAGACUUCUGUAUCCCAGUGUCUUGGAUGUGUGAUGGUGCCGAUGACUGCCAUGACAAUAGUGACGAGACCAACUGUGACACACAACAUCCAUCAGUGACACAAGUUUCCUCUACAGGAGAACAUCUUGAAGCUCUUGCACCCCUUGGACAGUUUCCACUACCAGGUGGUGAUUUUGGCAAGACUAUAGAAAGCAGAAAUGAGUUCAUUGUUAAUCAAUAUGAUUAUGCUGAAUUAGUCUCUGAAAAUUCUCCUCACUCUAGAGAUAAAGCAAGAGAACUAAAUUUUGAUGAUACUAUACAGCAGGAAUUUGUUCCUUCACAAGCAGCACUUGUUGGAGAACCAACUACUGUGGAAAGUGAUCCAAAUCCUCUAAGUAGUGGAGAACAAUUGCAGCUGCAAUCUGAAGAGAGUGAACUUCUUCAACAGUUUUCUGGGGAAGUGCCCAUUCUAAAUGAAGCACCACCAUAUGGACAAGCUCCUAAUGGUCAAAGAGGAUUACCCCCAAACCAGAAGUAUUCUAAUGAAAAAGAAGAGUUUGGGGAGCAACCUGUGAAUCAUGUGUCUCAAACUGAACAGUUAUCAAACGACCAUGAUGGCCUUCCAUCAUCUCGCCAAUCCAUUUUUUCCUUGGAAAACCCAUUGAGUAAUGAAAAUACUGACCAAUAUUCAUCUGAAGAAAACUUUCAGUAUUCCUCCUUAGAACCUACUCAGACUGGUUACCAAACGUCUCGGCCAUUCCAAACUGACCAGUUAUUUUCUAAUGAAGCUUCUAUAACAGAAUCUCAAGAAUUAAAUUUUGAUGAACAAUCUAUUAACAGUAGGCUCCAGGCAUUCCAAGAGCAGAAGUCAUUAGAGGAAACACUCCAAACAAACCUUGGGCAUAAGCUUUUGCAGAAUAAUCAAAAAUUGUCCUCAAAAGAAAAACUUUCAAAUAAUGAUUCUCAACUGAGAGGUGUUCAACAUUCCAGUAUACUGGAGCAUCAUGGAGAUGAUUAUCAGCAAUUUCCAGGAGGGCAAGCUCCUCAAAAUACAGUCAAAGGUGCACAAUCAAAGACAAAUGAAGGCUACUUGGAUAGUAAAUUUUUGGUAACAGAAAGGGAGAGACAGGUUACAAAGAAAGAGUCUUUGGAAGAAUCAAACACUAAACUGAAAGAUAUAGACCUUGCAAUACCAAUUACUAACUUCCCAGAAGAAAACAGAAAAUCAGAUACACCUGGAAGAAUGCGGGGUAGCAUUCGCUUUUCCAGAACCAACCGCCCUUCUACACAGAGGCCUUCUGAAUCUCCGUAUGUUAAUUCACCUACAUCUCCACCACCAGAUUCUGAAUCAAGCUCCUCUGGGAGCUUCAGAUCUCGUUUUCAACAGUGGCGUUCUUCUCGUUUUCCACCCUCCCCAUCUUAUGAGUCACGUCAAACUGAAAGCUUUAGAGAACGCCAGCAUAACAGUCCAACCGUUUCCGAUAAGAAAGCAGUAGAAGAGGAAAAGGUUACAGAGGAAGGAGCAGACAAUAUUAGAAGUUCAUCAAGGCUAAGAAUCCCAAAUCAUCGUUCUGUAGGUCCUACACGUAUAACUCGUGUACGUCCCACACUACGGACCUCUAGAAUAUCUUCUAGCUCACAUUUCUUUCCUCAAGAGGAGUUUCUCAAAGAAGGUAUAAAUUUUGAUGCAACUGCUGAAGUAGCAUCAACAGAAUUUGACAAUGAACCUGCUUCAUCUGCCCUUUCUCCAGUAAUCGUUCAGGGACCUCAUUUUACCCUUCCAGCACAACCUUACUCCCCUCAUUCAUCAGGCAGUGCCUAUCGUAAUAUUCAGAAUGAUGGCUCAAAGACAUUUAUGCCCAAAGAAGAGAGUCUAGGUGAUGAACAGCAAGCAUAUGAUCCUAGUUCAGUGACUUACGACUUUGAACGUAGAACAGGCUCCAGUUCGCUCUACUAUGGCCAAGAGUCCUCGGGAUUUAACAUGCCAAUAAAUCAUUCUCCGGCAUAUCUUCCAUAUACGCCUAAUCAUUAUUUACAUGGUAAUAUACAAAAAUAAACCAGGAAAAUCUGCCAUACCUCACAUCUUCCAACCACAGUUCACUACAUCAACAAUGCCAUCUUCGGCUUCUGUUGAAACUCAAACUUCUUUCUUUAAUGAUGAUGAGAGUGUAGUAACUUCUGUACCUGAAGAAACAACUACACUACUGGAAGAGACAACAGCUGAAUCAGUCACCUU